AUGAAACUUAUUAUUCUUAUUCCUGUAAUUCUUAAUUAUGGAUUUAGUUGUUAUAGUCGUGAUCUAUAUCCAAGCUAUAAUUUAUUAUAUGAUCCAGUAAAAGCUCUUGAAUGGUCCGACGAUCCUGCUCUUAUGUAUAUAACAACAAUACGAUUAUUUGACUAUGAACAUCAUAUAUUUCAAUAUCGACGAUAUCCAUGUCAAUAUUUUUAUACUGAUGAAAUUAAAUUAAAUUAUAAUAAUGAUACAAAACAUGAAUGUUUAUAUAAUACAACAACAAGUGAUUAUCAAUACAGUUUUCAACUUCAUCUUGAUUCUCGUCAUGUUGAACCAUAUAUUCUACGUAAUAUAGCUAUUCAAUGUAAAUACAUCAAUUGUAGUUUAUCAUUGUUAAAUAUAAAAUAUAUACGUAUUAAUUGGAAUUUGCAAGGUCGUACUAGUAAUCUUAAUUGUUCAUUUGAUACUACACAACAUUAUGGUAUAUAUGACACACCGUAUAAAUUAACUGAAUGGAUUUCAAUUCGAUGUCAAUCUUUAUUUGCUUGUAAUCGUUCAAAACAUAAUCUUGAACAAGUAUUGUUAUCGAAUAUUCAUUUAAUUUAUGGUUCAUCUUAUGAACUUGAAACACCUUAUUGUUCAUUAGAAAAAAAUCUUGCUCAUAUUAUUGAAACAAAUAUGGCGCAAACAAAUCGUUUACUUGAACAAGUAGUUAAUUUACUUCAACGAGGUUUUGGUAAACCAAAUGAACGUGAUCAAAUUCAUAUGAGAGAAUAUGUUGAACAGAAAUGGAUACAACACGAAAAUAGUUCAACAACAACAAAUAAAACAUCUAUAUCUGGAGAAGUACAUGGAGCUUUUAAACAAGUUAUAUAA